AUGGGAUCAGAACUUGGAGUCAAUCCUGACUCUAAACCGCGGGUGUCAUACACGCCGGUGAGUAUAUGGUGGGUUUGCUGGGGUUGUACCUGGACCACUGUUAUCGCGGUAGGUAUAGCCUAUCUAAUCGCCCAUCGAAACACACCUGCACUCCGAGUUCGAGGUCUAGCUCUAUCGCUCUCUGCCAUCGUUAUUCUCCAUAUUUACUGGUUGUCUGUUCAGUUUGGAACUAUGAUUGGCGCCUUGAUGCCUGGAGAUGCCGAGUAUUGGAUCAUGGGCACCUAUCUACCAUGCGGCAUUGCCAUUUUCCAUUUAUCCAACAGCCAGUUUCUCUAUGUCGCUAAGUUUCAGAGAAAAUAUAUCCACUACGAUAGCCGCUGUAUCCGCCCUGCCCCUAGCUUAAGGCCCAAGGCAAACGUGCUUUGUCAGUUCCACCGUCUUGGGUAUACUCCUAAGCUCUUUAUUAUCAUAUGUAUUUCCCUCCUGUGCCAGCUGACUCUUACGGUUCUAAUGUGGGUGAUAUCUCGCAAGUGGCAUAGCUCCUGGGGCAUUCCUGGCACCGAGGUCCAUGGCACCAAAAUGGAACAGAAGUCAGAGAUGGGUCGAGGGUGGGAGUGGUGGCCUAGCAUAGUCUGGCAAACCUUCUGGUCUUGGAUUUUUGCCCCAAUAGUUCUCUGGAAAUCUCGCCGGACCUACGAUACCCAAGGCUGGCGAGUCCAGACACUUGGUUGCGCUAUCGCGAACCUUCACGCCACCCCCAUGUGGCUCGUCGCUCUUUAUGUGCCCGCGAUGGAGUCGGUCAAUCAGUACUGGUUGCCACCACAGUGGAUCUGUCUUUCUAUUCUGGUAACAGAGAUCUUCACCAUCAUUAUUCCCUGCUGGGAGGUGAGGCGUCGUGGGGCUUCCGCCGAAAGGAUGUCCAGCGUCAUCACACAAAAGAAACUGCAGCACAAAAUGGCUAUCUCACGAUUUAAUAGUCUCAGCCCUACCUCCACCAUAGCCAAUACGGUCACAUCUGAUAUGGAGACAGAUAGUAACUCUGUUGAGAUGAGCAGCGUCGCUCGAAACAAUACCUUGAACCUGAACAGUCUUGAUUAUAUACUUGAACAAAACCCUGCUCCUCUUCAGACAUUCGCAGCCGUUCAUGACUUCUCUGGUGAGAAUAUUGCGUUUCUGGUCAGCGUGUCUCAUUGGAAAAGUUCGCUACAGCAGACCGUUCGGAAUAGCACUACUCCUGGGGGUGACUGCUUCACGGGGUCGAUUCGUGUACAUUUUAACAGCGCCCUACGUAUAUACAUCGAUUUCAUCAGUGUUUACCAUGCUGAGUUUCCUGUGAAUAUCUCUUCCAGGGACCUUAAAAGACUCGAAGCCGUUUUUGAGGGACCCACCCGUGCUCUGUACGGAGACAUGCGUGAUGUUGAUCCUGCUACACCAUUCAAGGCACCUGAUAACUCCUCCAAGGCACGCUUAUCCCCCUCAUUAGAAGGUCCUGAACAGGUGAGCCAGAUAACCAACAAUUCCUAUAUGGGGGAUAUUCCGGAGACAUUCAGCACAACAAUAUUCGAUCAUGCGCAAGAUAGUAUCAAGUAUCUUGUACUCACCAACACGUGGCCUAAAUUUGUCAGGACCCUUCAGAGUUUGGCAGAUUCAUCUGAUAUAGUUGGGAUCGACAUGGAGGCUGUCUAA